UGCAAUAAAGAUCAACAGGCAUUGUUAUUAGUACUAUCAUUCUCACAGUCACAACCACAGACAUAAACCAUGGCUGGAGCCCUUUUACUGCUGCUGCUUUUUACUCCUUUUAGCCAUGCCUUUCCCUCACUUCUCUCGGAGUUGAAUGAUCCAAAACCACGACAUUCUCGUUUACUUAGGAGUGCUCUGGAACGCCAAACUUCUGCGGAGCAACAAGCUGAACUAUGGAGGCCUUUGCCCAACCAAGGAUGGAAACCCUGUCUCCGACAAGACAGUGCCUCCACGCUGCCAGAGAAAUCUCAAGGGUAUAUUCAAGUGUUUCUCGAUGGAGGACUAAACCAGCAGAGAAUGGGUAUUUGUGAUGCAGUUGCUCUUGCUAAAAUUUUGAAUGCAACACUCAUAAUUCCGCAUCUUGAAGUAAAUCCUGUUUGGAAAGAUUCAAGCACAUUUGAUGAAAUUUUUGACGUCGAUCACUUCAUUAAUGUACUGAAAGAUGACGUAUUUAUUGUCAAAGAGUUGCCCGAUGAAUACCUUUGGAGCACUCGGGAGUACUAUGCUGCAGCGAUUCGAGCUAACAGAGUAAAAACAGCACCCGUUCAUGCUUCAGCUAACUGGUAUUUGGAAAACGUCUCGCCUGUCCUGCAGAGCUAUGGGAUUGCUGCAGUUGCGCCUUUUUCCCACCGUUUGGCUUUCGACAAUAUGCCCAAGGACAUCCAGAGACUACGGUGUAAGGUCAACUUCCAGGCUCUAGUCUUUGUUCCUCACAUUAGGAAUCUGGGCGAUUCCCUUGUCAGUCGUAUCAGGUAUCCUCUCGACACCAACAAAGCUGGGAGCGUUAACUAUCUCACAAGAGUAACUGAUUCAAAAGACAAACAAGGGAGGGGAAAAUUUGUUGUCCUUCACCUUCGUUUUGACAAGGAUAUGGCUGCUCACUCAGCCUGCGACUUUGGUGGAGGUAAGGCCGAAAAACUAGCUCUUGCCAAGUAUCGACAAGUUAUUUGGCAGGGAAGGGUGUUGAACUCUCGAUUCACUGAUGAGGAGCUGAGGAGUCAAGGGCGGUGCCCGUUGACCCCAGAAGAGAUUGGAUUGCUCCUAGCAGCAUUGGGGUUCGACAACAGAGCACGCUUAUAUCUUGCUUCUCACAAGGUAUAUCGAGCAAUGUGUGGUGGGGAAGCGAGGAUCUCGACCUUACGUAGUUUGUUUCCUCUUAUGGAAGACAAGAAGAGCCUUGCCUCUUCAGAUGAGAGAGCUCAAAUCAAAGGAAAGGCCUCAUUAUUAGCUGCAGUUGAUUACUAUGUCAGCAUGCACAGCGAUAUCUUCAUCUCCGCCUCGCCUGGAAAUAUGCACAACGCUGAGGUUGGCCAUCGAACAUAUGAGAAUAUGAAGACGAUAAGGCCUAACAUGGCGCUUCUAGGGCAGCUUUUCUUGAACAAGAGCCUCACUUGGGUCGAGUUUCAUGAAGGGCAUAAAAGCUGGCAAGGGCUACUUCGACUACAAAGGUCCCAACAGUCUAUUUAUACGUGCCCAGCUCCAGACUGUAUGUGCAGUGCUUGAGGUUGUUCGUGUGUUUAUCGUAUCGAUCGUUGUGAAUUUAUGCUGCAGAUAGUGUGUUGCUUGUGGCUUGUAUUACUUAGAAAAUAAAUGGUUUCCCUCUUCAUUCAUUUGGGUAUAUUUGUAAAAUUUGAGGUCGUGAUCAGUUAUACAACUAUCUUGGACCAGAAUUUAGGAUAUGGUUGUAAUAUGCUGCUCAUUUCCACCGGCUAAUAUUAUUUUGUUUAAUUAA